GUUCAUUUAAUAUAAGCUAUAAUAUACAAAAAUUUAAUUGGAUAACUAAUAAUAUUCAAUUUAAAAAUCAAAAUCAAAUUGAAUUACUUACUAUACAUAUAUAUGAUGAUGCAAUAAGUGAGCGUAAAGAAGAAAGAUCAAUAAAAAAUAUUAAAAUAAUUGGUAUACAAAAUCAAAAUUUAAAAUCGACAAAUGAUUAUUUAGAUGUAUUAAAAAUGAUUACUUCAAUAGAAUCUUUUCAUCCAUAUCUUCAAGAAAAUGUUAGACCAAUAAUUGCUAAUUGGCCAGGACAAUAUUUUAUUUAA